GACGUACCUCACAAAAUGUCUGCCAAUGUGCUGAUUUUUGUCAAAGCUGUCUUAUUGAUCACACUGAGUGCGUGGAUUGUGCUCGCACAGGAUCCCCCCGACAGAUGUAUGAAAAUUAUCAAACGAGCCCAGUGGGGUGCUGCCAAGUCUACGGCCGUUACGUACCAGGUCAAACCCGUCCAGCAUGUGGUGAUUCAUCAUACAGCUACGCAAAGCUGCACUGAGGUGGCCGUCUGCAAGGAGAUGGUCGAAUCCAUUCAGGACAACCACCAGAAUAGCAACAAGUGGAGCGAUAUUGGUUACAAUUUUCUGAUUUCCAACGGUGGAAACGUGUUCGAGGGAAUCGGAUGGCAUCGGGUGGGAGCUCAUACCCGGGGGUACAAUAAUAAAUCGAUCGGUAUCGCCUUCAUUGGAGACUACAGCAAGGAACUUCCUUCGCCGAAAGCACUUCGGGCGGCAAGCAAGCUUCUCCAGUGUGGCGUAAAUCUGGGGGAGCUGGAUUCGGACUACCUUUUAUACGGUGCCAAGCAACUUUCGGCCACGGCCAGUCCGGGAAAGGCGUUGUUCAAAGAAAUUAAGGAUUGGGACCAUUUCGAUCGCUCACCGGUGGUUUAGAAACAGUAUGUAACGUUA